UAUCGAUAAAUUAUCGAAUUCCUCGACUCUGCUCAGUGGAGGGGUGUUAGGACGGUUCUGUUAUACGUGAAGCUUGGUUUUGGUAUUGGUUCGCAAACACAAUUCGAGCAAUAUGUAAAAUUUUAAAAAAUCUAUGAAAAGAGGCUGGCAAGUGUCAUACCUUUCAGGACCAUAUUUAAAAUGUCUGGUGGAAGUCGUCUGGAUCAUGUUUAUCGUAGCAUUUUGAUGACCAAAUUUUUUACAAAAGGAUGGGGGAAACCGGAAAACUUAAAAAGGUUAUUUCUAUUCAAAGAAAAGAUGACGAAUCGAGAUACGUGUUUUAAUUUGGUUCCGAAUAAUUAUCCAAUUACCAUUUCAAAGGAAGAAGAUUAUUCAGAUUUCAGAAUUAUAGAGGGCCACUUUCUCUCUCCGUUCGUGACCAAUCUGCCAGGUAUUGUACCAAAGGAAUCAGAAACGGCUUACUUCCAAGUGCUGCUCCCAAAGAAAUGGAACUCCAGCCACUACAAGCCGAUAUGCCUGCACCUAGCUGGGACAGGUGACCACGGUUUCUGGAGGAGAAGGCAGAUGAUGGCAAAGCCAUUGCUUAAAGAAGGAGGGAUAGCAUCAAUCAUCCUAGAAAAUCCAUUUUAUGGUCUUCGUAAACCAAAAGAUCAAGUUCGUUCGAGUCUCCACAACGUCACAGACAUCAUUGUGAUGGGCGGUUGCCUUAUAUUAGAGUCUCUGGUUCUCUUUCACUGGUGUGAAAACAACGGAUUUGGUCCUCUUGGUGUUACUGGGAUGUCUAUGGGAGGACAUAUGGCUUCAUUGGCAGCAACAAAUUGGCCCAAACCCAUUGUUCUUGUACCAUGCCUAUCAUGGUCGUCUGCAACUCCAGUUUUCACCCAGGGAGUCUUGAGUCACUCUAUCAACUGGAAGUUGCUCGGCGCACAGUAUUUUUCUGAUGAUGUUUUCAGGGAAGAAAUUAGGAAGUUGGUCGAAGUUAAUAAGGAUGCAUUCCAAGCUGGGCAACAUUUUGCAAAAUACUAUCCGCAAAGCAUGGAUCACAUUAGUAAACUGUGCAGAGAGCAAGAUGUAUUAAACAAAGGAAGGGAGUCACAAAAUGCAUCUCCACCAAACUGCAAGUCUCUCACCACAGAAUUGCAAAUGAACCGCGACAUCGACCAGCAAAUAGCUGGGUCGUCCCUAUCAAACCAUCAAGCAGUUGUUAGUAAUUCCAGUGUGGCUCCAGCUUCUGAUUUCGAGGUCCACGGUCCGACUUCAAAGAGAAUUCUGAGCCCUAAAGUUGACGUUACCUCAGUAUCAAAUAUAGGUACAGCAGAUUUGAUGACAAGUGCACUGAAACGUUCACACCUGAUAAGUGAAUUAGAAACUUCAGAAUCGAGCAGUGUUAAUUGUUUUAACGCGAAUGUUACUUCAAAGAAUAUACCUGACCAAGCUUCUAAAGUCACAAAUACAGUGAAUAGUUUAUUAGCUAAACAAAAGCAUUCAGACACAAAUAUUUUAACUCGGUUCAGUGAAUCAGAAUCAGGUUUUCUAGGUUUCAGAAACAAGGACUUAAAGGACAAGAACUCUCUAAAUGAUGCUUCAGUGGGAAGAGUCAGACUGAAAGAAAACAUCAAGCAUAGUGUAUCGCGCUGGCGUGAAGAUGAAGCGGUGUUAUUUAUGCAUGGAAUUAUGGAUGAAUGCACUCAUCUGCGGAACUUCACCGUCCCCGUGGACACGUCCCUAAUCAUAGCAAUUUGUGCGAAGGAUGAUGCGUAUAUCCCAAGAGAAGGAUGCGCUGAUCUUACUGACAUAUGGCCUGGCACAGAAGUUCGGUUCCUUGACGCGGGCCACGUCAGUGCGUACCUACUUCACAAACACACUUUCAGAGCGGCCAUCAUUGAAUCAUUUCAGCGUUUCAAGAGGAAAUACGUAGACGUAUAACUGGAAACUACAACAAAAUGUGUGCCUUGUCAACGGGGAUUAUGUUUAUUUUAGCUAUGACACACUUUAUUGUCCACUAUAAAUCGUCAUCAGGUGGGUAACCUGCAAAUUGCAAAAGUAAUUGCUCAUUGAACUGCAGAUUUUAUCAGUUUCAUUAUGUUCAUUUGCUUUGACAUUUAAAAUAAGAUAGGAGAAUAAAACAAAUUCAAAAUUUGUGCAGCGUAUUCUAGAAACAAGAGAUUUAUGUGGCCGUCUAGAACACUGGGCAGAUUUUACAUAAAACCAAGAGUACGUUAGAAAUGUUCUGUUUAAACACCGAUUUUAUAUACACAGGAAACCUGAUUUUUAAUGUAAUAUUGACCUAGAUAAGAGCUGUAACACCGCGUAACAUUAACAACUCUGUAUAACUCUUAUAAGAAAGCUAGUAAUUUAGUUACAUGCCAGAUGCUGUUAAAGAAACGUCCUCAGACGUUGAUAACAUGUAAGUAAGUUAUAAAUUAUUUACUUUGGUUGUAGGAGACAGAUGGGAUCUCCUACAGCCAUAGCACCCUGAGGACGAGGACGAAGAUGGUUCUUGAAAUUUUGGCAUUUUGUUCAAUAAAUCACCUUACAUGACUGCCAAAUGAGAGGAUGAUGGUGAAUAAUGAAUUGGAAAGGAUGUGGAAGGAAGCGGUCAUGGCCUAAUUUAAGGUACUACCCUGACAUUUGCGCUGUAUAUAUUCAGUGUGAUAAAUUCUGAAGUUCAAUGUGCAGUUAUUAUGAUGAGUGUUAGACGCCUGAUGUUCUGUUUAUAUUGAAACUUGAAGUGAAGGAAAAAUGUUUUAUAAUCGACAGUUAAAUGUCUGUGUGAGGGCUAAAAAAAAUGGUGAAUACGUAAACAGGAUACAACUUGUAAGAAUAUCAACAACGAUUUAUAGUAAUGUUUUGGGGGAAUUUGUUUAUUUCUAAUAGUUUGGGCCCCAGUUUUGUAGCAUUUUGUUCUAGGAACAUGAGAGGAAGGAAAAGGUGGAAAUUAUGGGUUGGGAAUAGUUACUGGUAUGUUACAUGCCAGCGGGUAUAGUUUAUUUAGAAAUAUUUGCUUCUGAUUUGGAGUACAGUUUUUCUGCUACCAGUAACAAGCAGUGAGUGGGCAUGUUAUCGUGUAAAGCAUCGCACAGAGCUGAGUAUUCAGCAGCGUAGUCAUUUGUUAUUCAGUAGAGAUUUUUAAGGUGGUAUGAAUAUUACAAAAUAAAUUAAAAAACUAAAUAUUUGAUAUGUUUAUAUGGUAGAUAUUUACAAAAGAAGUGCCAUGAGUGACUAAGAUAAAAAGUUAACGUGUGUAUGUUUGUGUGCAGACGUACUGGUGCUUAAUUUGUAUGGUACUGAUAUUUUAUAGUUACGUAAAUAAAACUAGUUGGCCUCGGUGGACUAGUGGUUAGUGUGCUCG